AUGGAUGAUGAUAUUUUCUUAGGUUUGGAAACUGUUUAGUAAUUUGAUGAGAAAAUGAAACAGUUUUCUUAAUAGCAUCAAUUUAGAAGACAAUUAUAAAGAUAUCCAGUAUAAAAAAUACUAAAGAGAUCAAACAGUUUUGCAUAGAGUUAAAUUAGUACAGCAAUAAAUUCAUCUGCUCAUGCAAGCAGAAAAUAAACAAUAUCAUAAUUAGAAAUAAAUGCACCAAAACGAAGGCAUUGUGAGUUUUACAAUGAUGAAUUUUGCAUGAAUCUAUUUGCUGAAAAAAUAGAAUACUUAUGCAGUUAAUGUUUCGAUAAAAAUGAAAUCGUAAUUAAAGAGUUAAAUAGAGUAGCAUAAGAAUUAGGGUAUUAAUAUAAUAAUUAAGAAUAUCAUUAAAUCGAGUUUAACAAUUUGAAACAGUAUAAGAAAGAGAAUACUAUAUACUAAAUUAGUUAUAAAAUCAAGUACUUGAUUCACUUAGGUAAUGGAAGUAAAGGAUUGAUUAAAGAGACAUAUAAAGGAGAAAGAGUGAUAAUAUAACAAUUAUUACUCAUAGUUAAGAUAAAAUGUUGGAUAUAUUUGAUUGGAUUGAGAUAGAUACGAAAUUUAGAUAAUUGAAAAAGAGACUGAAAUUUGCAUUGGUAGAAAUGAUUAAUGAUAAAAAUAAUACUAGUAAGAUACAUAUGUAAUUGUCCAAUCGAACAGGUGAAACAAUUUAAGAUUUACUUUAUAAGAAACCUGAUACUAGAUAAAUAAUUGAUGAAUUAACUAAUUUAUUAAAGACAAUUAAGAAUAAAAGAAAUAAUACAAAUGUUUAAUUGAAUUCACCAAAAUCUGUUAGGAUAGACAAAUGGAAUUAAAGUAAAGAAGAAUUGUUUCUUGCGAAGAGAUUAUCUGCUAAAUAAAGAUUGAGUAAAUUAAUAAACAGUAGUUCUUGGAAUAGUAUAGCUAUAGGGGAAUUUGUAAGUAAUUUAGAUAAAGGAUAAUAGAAUAAAUAGAAAAGGUAAGAAUUAGAGUCUAAAUUUGAAUCAUAUUAAUGUAUGAAUGAGGAUGAUUUAUUAUAUUUAAUUAACACAAGUGUAUUAUUGAAUAGAUGUUCAGAUAAAAAGUAAUUAAAUGAUAAUAUACAAUAGAUUCAUAUAAAGUGCUAUCAAUCAUUUAGAUUAAGAUAUUAUUAGUGAUAUUGAAUUAUAAAUAGCUGAAAAUAUUUUGAAAAGUCAUUUUGAUAUAUAAAAAUAAGUAAAUUAAUCAAGACAUGAUUUUUUAAAAGAAAGAAAUGAAAUACAAUUUAUAAAAAAUAGAGAAUCUAAAAAUAUUUAAGAGAAAUAGGAGAAAUAAAAUUCAAUAAAGAAAUUAUAAAUUAAGAUGUGUAAUAUUUUAAGAGAGAUGAAAGAUAAAACUAAGACUACAAUGAAAUAAGAUUCUGAAAAAUAUCAUUUAUACUAUUAAGAAUAUAAAUAAGGAAAUCCAAUAGCAAAUCCUUAUGUAUGGAAAUUUAAGGAGAUAAUGAUGAAUGUAAUAAGAAGAAAAGUAUAAUUUGAUAUAUUCAAUAGAAAAAUGAAAGAAGAGAUUAAAAAUUAGGAGUGAAAAGUGAAAUUCAUAAACCAAUAUUUCCAUCAAAAGAAGAAUCAUUGACAUUAAUGAAUGUGAUUCGAAAAACACAUCCUUCAUCAAAAUUACGAUUAAUACCAUAAUAAUAAUAAGAAUAUUUUCCAACUCCAGCAAAAGUAUUUAAUGAAUACAAACUAAAAGUGUAAAAGAAAGAAUAUGAAUAAAUAAAAUCUAAUUUUUAAAAUUUCUAUACUGGAGGACCAAAGAAAACUAGAAUAUAUUCAAGUCCAUAAUUAUAAGGAAUAGAAGGAGGUGUAAUAAAAUCAGAUUGGAUAACUCCAGAAAUAGAAUUAAUAGCUAUAAAUAAAAUAAAAAGAGCAUUAAAAGCAUAUGUUUCAAAAAAGAGAUAUUUAAGAGAGAGAGAAAAGAGAAGAUAAAAAGAUUAUUAAGAAAAAUAAAAGGAUCCUAAAUUCUUUAGAAUUCUUAGUAGGAUGCAAUCUAAAAAUUAUAAUACAAUUGAUAUCGAAGAAUGUUAUAAAAGUCUUAAAUAAGCUAUUGCUUAGAGUGCUGGAAAUUCUAAAUAAUAAUUUUAAAAAGGAAUAUAAAUGGAUUAUUCUAAAAUUAAAGUACCUCAUUCAAUGAUUUAAUUGAAAUUAAAAUAAAGAAAGUUAUUUCUAGCUUUAAAAGUUGGAAAUACAAAUUGGGCUGAAUAUUCAGGUUUUUAAUUUGAACCAUAAGAUGUUAAUUGUUAUGAUACUGAUAUGUUUUGUCCUCUCUAUCAUGCUGCUAAAUUAUAAAGUAUUACAUUUUGUAAUUUUCUAAUUAAUGCUGGUGCUGAUGUUAAUAUGCCUUGUAAAGGAGGAUUAACUCCUACAUUUGCUGCAUUUAUAACUAAUAAUAUAGUCUUAAUCAAUCUAUUUAUUUCAAAUGGAGCUAAUAUUGAUACAUUAAAUGAUGAAGGCAAAAAUCCUUUAUGUUAUUGUUCUAUAUCUAUGCUUAAAGAACUUAAUUUAUAAUAUAAUCCUGUUAAUAGUAAAUCAUAAUCUCAUAGACAAAAAAGUAGAAGAACUUAAUCCAAUUUAGAAUAGAAUUAUUCACCCUAUGCUGAAAUGAAAAUGGAACCUAUGUUUAAUGUUAAUGAUGAAAUCAAAUGGUAACAAGAUUAAAUUAUUUCAUUAAGAACAUUUUAUACUAAAAAAGAAAGAGAUAACUUUUACUAUCUAAAAUCAAAAGCUUAGUCUUAAAAAUAAGAAUAAAAUAAUUAAGAGAAUGCAGAAUUAAAAUGA